AUGCUGAAAUAUUGCACUACAGCGUUCGAUCUUUACCCGCUUAUCUACCAGCCUCCUCAUUGGAGAAGGUUCAUCUGUCGAGUCACAGUACACUCGCCUCAAGCCAAAGUUCGAUUUCUUCCCGCCGUGACACGGCCCACUUUCCUCUCCUGGUGUUUCAUCUCUCCUCCCAAUUCCAUCGCCCUCUUCGAUCGAAUCCUGCGCCGAUGUAGUCUCCUCCGGCCGGAUGCUCACGGCGGGGUCACGAACAAGCCGGCGGCGGCACCGUCUUGGUGGACGGCAGGCAAGCACUCGACGAUGCACGAAGUUGGGAUCAACGCAAUAGAAGAGGUAAAUAAACUUCAAUUGCAUUUGAGUUGGAACGGUUCUACUUAUUAUGUGCUGUGUCCAGAGCUGAUCAGGAUGACAGGGGGGACAUGGCAAACAUUUCCUAGAGCACCAAAGCAGAUCUGUCAUGUGAAGAAGAGUGACAAUGCUUAUUUCUUUUUGGUCAGAUAGCACUGUUCUUGUGAUAGACAAAUCCAUGCUGCUUCCUUCUUCAAUGCAGUGAUGACAGGUGCUAGUAAUUAGACUAUGGGGUUACACAGGGCAAUGCACCUCGACAAAGUAGACUCCAGAUUUCUAGUUCUCUUGGGUGCUUUAGGUCGUCAGCUUUUGUUGUUUAAGUUUAUUGCAAUCCAAUCAAUCACCUCUUCAUAAUCUCAUACUGUCUGUCUGACCAACUGGA